GGUAAACCAAUCACGAUACCCCUAUGCAGCGCAUGAUUUAAAGUCUUAGCGUUGUAGCGAGUUUGGAACUUACGUUACCAAAUUCUAGUCCUUAUUAUCAGUUAGUCUUCAUCUCAUGUUUGCUUUAUUUCCGAUUCUUAUCGAUUGCUUUUUCUUUUAAAAAUUACGGGUGCUAAACAGGUUUCGGGAUUAUCUUAAAGCUCUUAGUUCACACAAAAUGAAUUCUAAAUGGCUCAUUAAUACAAGACUGCUCGUUAUGCUAAAUGGCCGAUUCAUGAUCCCACCUAAACAUCACAUAAAAUUGUGUUCUGGAUUUUCAUUUUUUUCAACUAAAUCAUCGUUUUGUCAAAAUGAUGUUAUAGAUGACAUACAACUACGAUCUACAAACCAAGUGUCUACUACAGAAACAGAUGAUGUUCGCAGAGCUCGUUUACUAUAUCAAAGUAGAAAACGUGGAAAUUUAGAAAAUGGAAUUCUUCUAAGUACAUUUGCUGCUAAAUACUUGAAUUCAAUGACUCAUGAACAACUUAUUAUGUACGAUAAUUUAAUCAAUCUACCAGAUAAUGAAUGGGAUAUUUACUAUUGGAUUACAAAAGCCAAAGAAGCCCCAAUAUAUUUUCAAACAGAUGUAUUACGACUUCUUCAGGAACAUUGUGAAAAUAAUCAAAAAGAACUACGAAAUCAACAGCCUAGUUUGUAUUAAUUGUAUUUUUUUUUGUAGAAAGGAAAACAUUUGAGCAGUUUCGUUUAUUUUUUUUUGCUCAUUAGUAACUUUCAUUUCUUCUCUCUCAGUCAGUCAGUGAUAAUAUUUUUAUCAUCUAUGAUAACUACUUAGUACAAAUCAGUUUAAUCAUUUUAUUUCAUAAAUAUUUAUUUGUAUAAAAUGAAUAAAUUUUUAAUAUCAUUAAAUUCUAUGCCUGGACUGAAUUUACUUGUAAUUUUUCGCAUAGUUUAAUGAUGUUUAUUAAUAAAAACCAUUUUCCA